AUGUGUGGCUUCAACAUGCCACGCAAACAUAGAGAAAUACGGCGUUGGGUUCAAACAGUAAAAUUCACUUUUGGGUGUCUGCUGGAGACGAGGGUUCAGAAAGAAAACUAUGGAGUUUGUAUGGAGGCAGCGCUACCGGGCUGGGCCUCUAUGGCCAAUUACGAGUACAGUCAGCUAGGGCACAUUUGGUUUUGUUGGACAAACAAGGUGGUUGUGACAAAGCUUCACGUUAGCUCUCAGGUCAUCACUUGUGCCGUCCAGUCACAUGAAACAGGAGAGCAGUUCAUUUGUUCAGCGGUGUAUGCUUCGAACAGUGAAAUGGAAAGAAGAAUUUUGUGGGAUGAAUUACGAGGUACACAAGUAGCUUAUCAGUAUUUAGACCUGCCUUGGAUAGUCAUAGGUGACUUCAAGGCAACCCUUUCUACUAGAGACCAUCCCCGUGGGGGUGGCGCCCCUUCCUCUCAACUGGGGAUGAGGUAUUUCCAAGAAUUGGUAGGGGACUGUAAUCUUACUGAUAUGAUGUCAACUGGAGCUCUAUUCACUUGGUGGAACAAGCGAGAUGAGGAUCCUAUAGGCAAGAAGUUGGAUAGAGCUUUGAUACACGCGGCUUGGUUUAGAGACUUUCCACAGUCAGUAGCACGAUUCGAGGCUGGAGGCAUAUCUGAUCAUGCAAGAUGUGUGGUUCAUAUUACUGGUAACCACAAUGAAGCCCGCAAACCGUUUCGUUUCUUCAACUACCUUACCGAGCAUGCUGAGUUCCUCCCAGUUGUUAAAAGAGUGUGGGAGACUAAUCAUGAAAUUCAUCACUCCCGCUCGGCUUUGAGCAGAUUCCAAGCCAAGCUAAAGCUCCUCAAGUUUGAAAUGAGACUCCUUAACAAGACUCACUACGGGAAUCUACCAAACAAGACAAAGCUUGCAUUUGAGGAGAUGUGCCAUUGUCAAAAUGUGGUACUGCUGGAUCCAACCCCUGUUACACUUGCUGCAGAAGCUGAGACAUCAGCGAGAUGGAACAAGUUGGCUUCAAUAGAGGAGAAGUUUUUUAGACAGAAGUCUUGCGUAAGAUGGAUGGGAACAGGGGAUCAGAACACGACUCUUUUCCACCGCUCGGUUCAGACUAGGAAUGCUUCAAACUCCAUUACAAUUCUUGUCAAUGAGGCGGGUGAAACGCUCACAAAUCUUCCAGACAUAAAGAAGGAGACGGUCAUGCAUUUUCAGAAAUUUCUCCAAGUGCAGGAUAUGGACUCUGAAGGUGACUCCCUCCCUCUCCUACAGGAACUGUUAUCGUAUCGCUGCACUGCUGGAUCAGUUGCUAGUCUUGUAGCUCCGGUCUCAGCUGAAGAAAUUGUUUCUGCCUUGCAUGCUCUGCCAAGCGAUAAGGUCUCUGGCCCAGAUGGCUUCACCAAAGAGUUCUUCGUAGCAGCCUGGUCUAUUGUAGGAAGGGAAUUUGUUGUCUCAGUGCAGUCUUUCUUCUUAUAUGGAUUCUUACCCACGGGAAUCAAUGCAACGACCCUCUCGCUCAUACCUAAAACCGAAGGAGCGUAG